AUGGCUCAACGACCAAAUUUUAAUCGUACUAGAACCAGUACUUUUCGUCCUUUUCUCGCGAAUGAUACAAAUCAAUCCAAUGAUUCAAAUUUUACAUUCAAUAGAAAUUCAUUUGAUGACGAUCCAGAUUCAAUGUUUUAUCUUCUUACAGCGCUUAUCAUUCCAUCAUUUCUUUGUUUUGCAUUUCUCUUCUACAAUUUUAUUCGUUUACCACAACUACGAACCAAAUCAACAAAUUUAUUAAUUAUCUGUUUGCUCAUCAAUAAUUUCAUUCAUAUAUGGGUUGAUCUACCAUUUCGUCUUUAUUUUCUCUUUGAAAAUCGUGUUCCUUUUUCGAAUCCAACAUAUUGUCUUAUUUGGACAUGUUAUGAUAAUAUAUUAACUACAACUGAUCUUCUCAUUAUGGCAUUCACAUCCAUUGAACGAUAUUUUUCAAUUUUUCAUCAUUUUUUUCUUCAUAAACAUGAACGUUUAUUCUAUCAUAUACCUAUAAUUCUAUGUUUUCUUGUACCAGCUACUUGGUAUACAGUCUUAAUAUUUGCUUAUCCAUGUCAAAAAACAUUUACAUAUUCAACUUUUCAAUGUGGACCAGUAUGCUAUUUAACAAGUUCACAAGUACUUGUUAAUAUUGAAAAUUUUGGUUUUUUCAUGUUUCCAUUAUUUGUUAUUGUUAUUGGCAAUACUACUCUUAUCAUUUGUGUAAUAAUUCAAAAAGCAAGUAUGAAACGUAAACUUCGUCUUAGUUUAUGGCGAAAUAAUUUACGAAUGAUAAGUCAAUUGAUGUUUAUUGCUGUAUUAUAUAUGAGUAUAUAUGUUCCAUCAUGUAUUCUAUUAAUAUUUAGUACUUAUGUUCAACGUACUCGAUUUCAACCAUGGGCAGCAUAUGUGAGAAACAAUUAUUUUAUACAUUUGAAAUAUAUAGUUAUCUUUGGAUGUCCAUUCAUGGUACUUGCCGGACAAAAAGAAAUGCAUCAGAAAAUUAAAAAUCUGUUUGCUCGUACGAGAUGUCAACGACGAGUACGACGGAAAACGGAUAUCCACCCGUUGACAAUGAUGAAUACUCAAAAUCGAAAAGAAUGA